AACUUGAAGGAAUAAUGGGUUCCAAUAUUCUGAGGCAUUUGGCACUGUUCUCUCUCUCAACCUUCUUCUUCCUAUGCUCAGGUUCAAGUUUUGCAGAGAAACCACCCUUACAAGAAGCAAAUAAAGAAGACAUACCUCUGCAGAGUGAAGAAGAUAGAGCACCCUUCUCUCCUUCUGUGCAUUUCACUCAAUUGGAUAACAUCCCUAUUGUUAACCCAACAACAACAGGAACAACUCCAACUCCUGUAGUAAAUCCAACUUCCACACCCGUUCCAAACUCAGUAGACCCCAAUGCCAACCCCACCACAGGGCCUGGAAACUCAGGUGGAGGAUCAUGGUGUAUUGCAAGCUCUACAGCUUCCCCAACUGCUCUGCAGGUGGCUCUUGACUAUGCCUGUGGCUAUGGCGGGGCAGAUUGCUCGGCACUUCAGCCGGGUGGGAGCUGCUAUCAACCAAACACUGUAAAGGACCAUGCUUCUUAUGCCUUCAAUGACUAUUACCAGAAGAAUCCAGCGGCUACUAGCUGUGUUUUUGGAGGAACAGCUCAACUCAUCAAUACAGACCCAAGUAACGGUAACUGUCAUUAUGCAACACCCAGAGCCAUACCAAGCCCCACUCCACCAGCCAUCCCAACACCAACGCCGCCGGCGCCUGCAAUCCCAACACCAACACCACCGGCCACCACAAUCCCAACACCGACACCACCAACCAUGACAAACCCGACUAUGGACACGCCCACAGAUUCGUCUAUUUAUGGUGCAGAACCAUCAGGCAUGCCCAGCUCAGCCACUUCAAUAACAAACCGAUCGCUGCUGCUCUUGGCCAUGACUUGCCUUUUGGGUUUGCUUGUGGCAAAUCGUCUGUAAGCAGAAGAAAUCUCACUUCUUCUCUCCACAGUGAGAUGGCAACCGCUUAUUUGCUGCACAUUUUUGCAUUGUUAGACACCAAUACGAUAAAAAGAGAUUAUACAGCAAGCUAUUGCUGUAAUACAUGAAAUUAUGCAUUAGAAAACUAAGAAGUCCACAAGAACAUACAUCAGUAGAUUAAAGAAACACAUAGGUUAUUUGCUAGCUAUACAAUAUUUUACAUUGUUAGAGAAUAAAAGGAUAUAGUAGAUAAGUCAAUUCCAUUUUGGAAGCUUUUUAGCCAAUAAAAGGAUAUAGAUAAGUCAAUUCCAUUUGGAAGCUUUUAGGUUGGUUUUCCAGGGAAGAGGCAUUGUACUCGGGCUUCGGCAUGCACAUGAGUUGAUUCAGUUUUAUCUAUGAAAGACAACUUUGUCGAAUUUAAGAUUGUUCGGUAUGUAAUCUACAAAUUAUACAACAAAAAGUUGAUGAUAGAAGGUACGUUUCACAAACUUGCAUAUAGACUAAAAACGAUAUUAUUAAAGAAGGAAAAAUAAUAAUAAUUAUCUAGAUUCGAUCCCAUGUGAUCACAAAUAUGAGGCGGAUGAUGAUUGAGAUCAAAAUCUAAAUAUUUAUCCAAACACCUAGACAACAAAUGUGACAGUGACACACUCGUGAUUGGAAGUUAGAAGUCAACCUUCAGAUCAUCCCCUCCCACAUAACAU